AUGGUGUAUACACUCACCGUUCACAUGUACGCCAAGGACGACGCAACGUCCAUCGAGAAGCUCCGCCUGAAGCUCAUCGAGGCGGCCCGCGUCUACCGCAACGACAAGGAGACGGUCGACUGGUUUGUCAUGCAGGACGUGCACGACCCGCGCGCGUUUACCGUCGUCGAGCGCUUCGAGCAGGAGUCGAGCCAGAAAUACCACCUAGAGAACCCUUACUGGAAGACGUUCGACCCAUAUGUCAUCCCGCUACUAGCCAAGCCCAUGGACUUGAGACGUCACGAGGAGUUGGAUACCAGCAAGGAUGUUGUCGUUCCCUAA